AAAAUAAUGUUUUUUUGUUUAACUUGGUUUGAAUGUAGAUGUAUUUCGUUUCUAAAACUCUUGCAGAGCAAGAAGCAUGGAAAUUUGCGAAAGAGAAAGGAAUGGACUUCAUCACUAUCCUUCCGACUCUUGUUGUUGGCCCAUUUCUGCCUCCAUCGAUGCCAUCUAGCAUAAUCACAGCACUUUCCCCUAUCCUAGGAAGAGAGGAGCAUUAUGGGAUCAUAAGACAGGGUAAACUCGUGCACAUAGAAGAUAUUUGUCUUACUCACAUAUUUCUAUUCGAAGAGGCAAAAGCAGAAGGAAGAUACAUAUGCAAUGCACGUGACGUUACUAUUCAUGAGAUUGCAAAAUUAAUUAACAAAAAAUACCCAGAGUACAAGGUUCCCACUGAGUUUGAGAAGAUUGGAGAUGAAUUGGAGGCGGUAAGAUUAUCUUCGAAGAAACUCAAAGACUUGGGAUUUGAAUUCAAAUACAGCGUGGAAGAUAUGUAUACUGAAGCAAUUGAUGCAUGCAGAGAAAAAGGGCUUCUUCCUAAAACUGCUCAAACAUCAUGAAAUGGCACUUAAUGUUUUCAUAUUUUUCGGAUUCUUCAAAUGAUUCUUCUGUCGUGAAUUGGAAUUGAGAAUUAUUAGUUGUCUUCAAAUCUUGUUUUUCUUACCUAUAUGCAAUUAUCUCAGGCUAUUAUAAAAUAAUA